AUGUCCUCUAGAAUAGUGACAGUGAUUGUGCCAAUGACCCCCCACCGUGACUACCCUGGUCUGGGACGGGUCUUGGAGAACCUGCGCCUCUGCAGCCAGCUCCAGUUCGUCCGGUUUGUGCGCAACGCCUGGACGAGGAGGAGAGACGCCGCCCUCCGCAUCCAGGACGCCGCCUUCCAGGGCGUCCCCGUCCGCCUCUACCUGCCCAAGGCGCCCGCCGCCGUCGGCCCCAGGACGGGCAUCGUCUACUUCCACGGGGGGGGCUGGCUCUUCGGCAGCCGGGGGAGCCAGGAGCAUCUCUGCUGCUACUUGGCCAGAGAAAGCGGCUCGGUGGUUGUCUCCGUGGGGUACCGCUUGGCUCCUGAGCACAGACACCCUGCCCAGCUCAACGACUGCCUUGCUGCCUCCACUCACUUCCUGAAGGUCGCGGAGGACUAUGGGGUGGACAGCAGCUGGGUCAUCCUUGCUGGAAACGAGGCGGGCGGGAAUCUCGCCGCCAGGGUCUGCCAAAUCUUAGCAAGUAGACCGGGCCCCACCAAGUUUGUCCGUGAGAACGAGGGGACGGGUCUGAGCACCUUCAAACAAGACUUUGUCCCUUUCCCCACGGGGGCCCCCGACAGAACCGUCAUGCGGAGGUUGAUGAAGCGGCUGGAAGGUCUGCCAAGGAAGUAUAUCUUGACCCACUGUGAAGAGCCCAGGCAUCAGCACCUGGUCUCCCAGUACGAAGACCAGUACAACAGGCACGGCCACAACCCCCACCUGCCUCCCCUCCGCAAGUGGGACCGGCACAAACUGGCCUGGACGCCAGAGAAAUCAGACUACCCCCUCGUUGAGCCCCCAACCAGCUACGGACUUCUGGAGCACUUGAUGGAAACCUGGCACCGCAAAGAGCCGGGAGUGGGCGAGAGCACCUACCACAGCUCCUACCCCAAGCCUCCCGCCUCGGCCUACGCCCCUCGCCAGCGGCCGGACGCCAGGCGCAUCCUGCAGCAGAGCCGCAAGCAGUGGCUGCCUAGAAGCCUGGAUGCCCCCGCCUGAGAAGGGCAGAAGCCCCCCGGGGGGAGGGAUGGGUGCACCCAGGCAGGUGGCCGAGGGCCUCCUCCCGAGGAAAGCUCCUGGCCCUGGCAGGGAUGGGGAGCGCUGGAAGCUUCACGGUGAGGGGACUGGCGCCAUCAAGCACCAAUGAAAGCCUGGUUGCCUUCGCCGUGGAACGGAUUCAGCCCCGCUUUCCCACCAGGCGUCGCGUGUGGACGGAGGGAGAGGCCAGGAGGAGUGUAGAGAACCGGCUCCCAUUCCGGACUCCGUGCCUUCCGAGCUCCACCACAAGUCCAGGGAGAGAGAGAGAAUGGAGGGAAGUUUCCUGGGUUUCCACUGAGAACCUCCAGGCCACCCGGCUUUCAUCUCCCCCCUCCCUCCUUCCUUGGCCCCUGGGCCAAAUAAAGCUGCUGGGGGCA